AUGAAUGAAAAAGGUUCAAAAGAUUCAGCAAAACAAAGUAAAACUAAAUCCCCAACCGACAAAAAAGAAAAGGGCGCGGAAUCCUCCCCGUCCCCGGAGCAAAAAAAAACUGCUUCCGGAGAAGAUAAAAACCAAGAAUUGAAAAAUUUGACCGCUGAAAUUGCCAAUUUAAAAAACGAAAAAUUACUAUUGGCGGCCGAAUUGAAAAAUGAGCGUCAAAAGGAAAAGGCUCUGUCCGCUAUGCGGGCUGACCCCGAGGUUCCAGUUAAAAACCAUUUACUUGGAAUUGAAAUGUUGCGAAAUAUCUUUCGUCUUUAUGAAUUAGUGGAAGAGGUGGAAAACGAUAAUUUGCCGGCAGGAACAGUUGUCAAAGUAGUAGCCAAAGGUUAUCUGUUGGCUGACCAAGUACUUCGGCCAGCAAGGAAUAUAAGGAGGUUUUUUUCUCCUUCGGUAACCGCUCCAAGUGUAGCCGACACACAAACUUCUAUCGAAAUAAUUAAUGACAAAAUAAAGUUAAUUAAAGGGACUAAUAAGAAUAAAAUUAAUGUGGUUGCUUACCAAAAAUAUUUCAAUUUUUUGGAAAAAUUGGGUUUGCAAGAAAAUUUUCGGGUCAUUACUACUUAUGAUGAGUUAACACUGGACGUUACUCUCAUUCGUCCCCUGUUGAUAAAUAAAAAUAAUAACAAACUCGGUUAUCAAGUAGUCUCUUAUGAUGCUCGUAACCACGGGCUUUCGGGUAAAUCUGCUACUGCUUUGGGUCAGAUUGAGGCCUGUGAUUUACAAGAUAUUAUUACUUGGGUAAAAGAAAAAUAUCGACCGGAAAAAAUUGGUCUCUAUG